AUGCUGCUCAGAGCCUCAUGCCUUCUUGUCGCCGUCACGGGCGUGGCCGCUGACCUGUGCAUCAUUGGCCCUACACCAGUGACUGCCUGUGGGCCUGGGGAUGUCAACAAGGCGAACUGGGACAAAUUUGGCAUCGAUAACUUCGUGUUUGCCAUGAUCCGGACUUUUGGAACUUCAGACAACUUCCCAAAGUUUAUCCUAUCACAAUUAGCGCCAAAGGGUCAAGAGGGCGUAAACGCCAACUUCGACUGCUCAAAUAUUGAAGACCCGACCAAUUGCAAAAUUAACGGCGUAUUAAACCCCGAUGGUGGAAAUUGUAUAUUCAACAACCUUGGGAAUACCGUCUGCUUGGACUUUACUUCCCCUGAGGCCGGUUUCCUAGCAGCCAACUGGAUCAAUCAGUACGACGGCUUGCGUUCACACUUCCUUGCGGUCCGUCAGGCCGCUGACAAUCUGAAUAAUGAAAACUUCAUCAGUAAUAUGGUCGACAAGCUGGCGCCGCAGAAGCAGCCCAUCGCUCCAGCUGUCUUCGGACUCAUCGCUGACUUAAUCGUCGACAUUUUACCCGUUGGUGGUGAGGUCAAGGCUGCCACCACGUUCAUAAAGAAGUUUAAGAUUAUCCGAAAAGCCACCAAAAAGGAUAUCAAGGACGAUGGAAAGGACAUAAUCAGCAUCUUAGAGUCAAAUAGCGACAUCGACAAGCAGGCUGCGGCGACCAAGGACACCCUCAGCCAACAAUUAGAGGCCAUUGUCACUGGCACGCAGCAGCGUAUGAGAGAUCUUGUCCAACAGGUGUUUGGACCCAACCAGGAUCCGACCACUGUCGAUGAUGAUGACAUUGUCAACACUGUCGCCUUCAUCAAUACCUACCACGGCGGGUUCCUGGACGACGUCCCUUCGGUUUCUGAUCUUGUCCCCCAAAUGGAGAAGCAGAUGAAGACAUGGAUCGCCUCCCAAAUCAUCAAUAUCCUUGGAUAUGCCUUGUUUAUUGAUAGUACCCCGCUAGCAGAUCCUCCCGGACAACCUGGUACUGUCUGUAAUGCAGAGGGAGGUAUCCCAGUCAGUGGAGGAUGUGGUUUAUUCCGCAUUGGCGCUGUUGUAGGUUCUGGGAACGUCAUCGAUGGCGCGCAGAAGGCCAACGAUAUCUUUGCUCUAAAUGAUCUUGGGAUUAACAUGAACGACGUCGUCAACAAUGCAAGAGGCUGUCCCCAAGGCAACACUGUCGACUUUGAGGGCUUUUUGGAGAUGGAUGACACGAACCCGUUACCUAACUGCAUGUUCACGUUCCCAGUCCAAGACGUCAAACUAUAA